CAAAAGGUGAGGUCUCUGCUGCCGCAGAUAAAGAGAGAAAAUGGAGGCAGCGAGAACAGUUAAGGACGUUUCCCCUCACGAUUUCGUCAAGGCUUACGCCGCCCAUCUCAAGCGUUCCGGCAAGAUCGAGCUUCCUCCAUGGACUGAUAUUGUCAAGACUGGUAAAUUCAAGGAGCUUCCUCCCUAUGACCCUGACUGGUACUAUGUCAGAGCUGCUUCCAUGGCUAGGAAAAUAUACAUGAGGGGAGGUCUUGGUGUUGGUGCCUUUAGGAGGAUUUACGGAGGGGCUAAGAGAAAUGGAAGUCGGCCACGCCAUUUCUGUAAGAGCAGUGGAACUGUUGCUCGUCACAUACUUCAGCAAUUGCAGAAUGUGAACAUCAUAGAUAUUGAUCCUAAAGGUGGUAGGAGAAUCACAUCUAACGGCCAGCGUGAUCUGGACCAAGUAGCGGGAAGGAUAGCGGUUGCCAUCUGAGAAAUUUUAGCAGAUGCUUUCCUGUUCCUGAAAUUUAGUGGUUUGAAAGAGUGCUGUUAUAGGAGGCAUUGUUAAUCACUUUUCUUUUUGGUAUAUUAAUCUUUUUUUUUCUUUACUUUGAAAACCAAAAUUAUAUUUG